AUGCAUCGAGCCGGCACCUUCCCGGUUCGGCCGUUCCCUGAUUCGGUCAUUCCAGGUAGCAAAAAUAUCAAAAUGUUCGUAUUAAACGAUGUUGAUGAACUACUAUCACGUCAUUCUAAAAAACAAAUCUAUGAUAUAUUCACAACAAUGCCACAAAAUAUUCAGGUGAUCUUUUUAUCGACUAACAUGCCCAGUUAUAUACUCAUAGUAACAACUAAAUUUAUGAAUGAUCCGGUCAAAAUUUUUCUGGGAAAACAAGAAUUAACAAAGAAGAAAUUCGUCAAUUUUAUAUUACCGUCGAGCAUGAGUAUUCGUCAUGGUCAUCGAUUCCGUAGAAGAGGUAUAGCAAUAAAUUUUGUUACUGAUGAGAAUCGACGAACAUUACGCGACAUUGAACAAGUCUAA